AUGAAAGCAACGUUCACCAGACGACGUAAAAUUCGUCCUAUAAAUCUAGGUUUAAAUUAUUUGAUGUUCCCUGUGGCAGACGUCCAGGAAAACAUCAAAGAGUAUAUUUGUAGAUAUAGAUAUUUGGUAACCCAGCAAUCUGGCUACUGCAAAAGCAAUUUCAUUAGGCCUUACGAAGUCAGUAAAUCCAUCAUUUUGUAUUCUGUUUGUACAGAAGCAGAAAAGUAUGCUCCCGCCAAAUCAUGCAAAGUAUCGAGAGUCUCUGAAUUCCCACUUCUACAAUCAUUCUUAGUUGAUGUUCAUAUCCAUUGGAAAGUUUCCAGGUCCAGUCAUAUCCAGUCCACUAAGAAAUUCAAGAUAGUUGCUCCUGCAAUGGCUGUAUGA